CCAAUAAACUUUGAUAUUUGACUUAGAAUUUGUGUAAAACGGAUGAAAUAGACUCGCUGAUUCGUAAAUAAGAAGUUUCGGAUGGCCUUUUAUGUAAUUUGCCCCCUUUUUAAACACGAAGAUUACUAUAAAUCUCCCACUGCACUGCAAAUCUUCUCUGCAAGCGAGAACCAAAUUCCCACCGACUUUCUUCUAACUCAUUUCCAAUACCACAAGGAUCCUCAACAUGACGGUUUCUUCCGGCGACGCCGACUGGGUCCACGAUGCCGAUUGGGACCUCACCGCUGCCGAUGCCAUCAUCGUCGACGGCGACUGGGUUCUCGCCGACGGCCCCUGCACCCCUCCCCAACAUCAUCUCAUCGGCUUCUUCCUCGUCAACGGCGGGCGACACAUCUACGUUCCAUUACUCCACUCCUAUGAAGCCUCCCGUGCUGCUGAUCUUAUCGCUUCCGUCCCCAUCUCCGCUUCCAUCUGCGCCUCAACACAAGGUAUCGUCCUUGCUCGAGGUCCCUGGUCGUCCUAUUACGUCUCCACACCAAUCUCCCCUAAAUGGACUCGAAUCCCUAAUCCCAUCUACUCCCAUCCGAUUUCCAUUCCGAUAGCCCUCGUUGCCGGAGGCGAUGGAGAUGGAUUUCUCAUCAUCUGCGCCGUUCCGUCUGCAGAUGGGCCAAUAGGGUUUUACCGCUUCGAUAUCUACGAAUCCUGUUCUGGAAAAUGGAGGAUCGGUCCCGAUCGCUUCCCGGCGGGUGAGAUCCUUCCAUCCUCCGGUGUGUCUUGCGGUCGUGAGGUCUAUUUCCGGACGGGAACGCCAUCGGUGGUUGCUUAUGAUGUUGCAACCGGCGUCGCGAGGGUUUUGCCUCCACCGCCGCGGUGCUGGGGUUCACAGAUGCAAUGUGAGCUUGCGGAGGCAAAUGGCCGGCUCUGGUGCGUUUGCGUGAGGGGGAGGGUGGUGGAGGUGUACCAACGGGGGGAGAAAGAUCAGUGGACUUUGGUAGAGCAGUCGGAGGCGAUUGUUUGCAGUGACCCACCGCGGCCGCUGCGGGUGCAAAGUGAUAGUGUUGGUGUUGGGGUUGUGCUGUGGGUAAAUGGAAAGCUUGGUCGGUGGGAUUUGGAGCGCGGAUGCGCCACCGGUUUGUGGUUUGGGGAUGCAGCUCCGCCGCCAGGAAACGGCGUGGAUUACGUGCCGUAUUGUGCGAAGCUGCAUCUCCGGCGAUGAUGCCGCCUGUGAAUGAUUGGGGGUUGAUAUACUCUCGGCAGUGGAGGAGGCAGGGGAUUGAUGUAAAUAGGUGAUGAGGUACGUACGAUUCAUUCAAGAUUAGGAUCCAAGUUGUUGGAAUUCAUGCUCUGAUUCAUCAUUGUUCUAAAAAACAAUUUGUUGAUAGCUCCUUUCGAAAUCGUUCUGUACCUUUUACUCUGGCUCCCAUGCUGCUCAUCUGCUAGUGGUGAUUCUUAAUUA